GGGGCUCUGAUGUGGAGAGGCUGGGGAAAGGAGACUACUAGAAGAAGGCCAUUUUAACUGACAAACAAAUUGAAGAUUAAAGAAGGGUCCAAGCAAUUUGUUAAGAUGCUGUACGUACGAAGAGGAUUUGGGGAUGAGAAGUCCCAGUUAAAUGAAUUAAACGUGCGUCUGGACCAGUAUUUGUCUAGGGUAAGACAACUAGAAACAGAGAACCAGCAUCUGGUUGAAGAAAUCCACAAACUUCGCUUGGAGCGAGGAGCAGAGUGGACACAAGUGUACCACUCAGAGGUGUGUGAGCUGAGGAAGAGGGUAGAAGAACUUACCAUACAGAAAUGUGAAGCAGAGCUACAGAGAGAUAACUUUGCUGAAGAGUUGCAAGAAUUGCAGGAAUUAUGGGAACAGGUGAGAAGCAUAAGACUCAAGAUUGACCAACAGCUAAUACUUUACAAGCAAGAUCUGCAACAAGCGCAGCAAAAACAGGCUGCUUUGGAGCAGCUGUACAUUCAGUUGCAACAGGAGUGUCAGAUGCUUCAAGGUUCUCAUGAAGAGGAAAUUAUAGCACUGAGGGAUCAGGCUUUUCAGAUUCCAUUGCAAAUUACCAUGCAGGAGGUUCUGCGACCCAAACUCAGCUUAACAGAUGUACAGAGCUUCUCACUAGAACUGUCCGAGUCAUGGAAGGAAGCUUUUGUCUUCUAUCAAAAGAAGAUUGAGGAGCUAGAGAGCAUCCUGAGGCGGAGUGAGGAGGACCGACAUGGGGCAGAAGAAGAAAUCACAAUAUACAGGCUACAGGUAGAGAAGCUCUGCAAGGAAUAUGAGGAGCUUCUGGCCAUGAAAACUAUGCUUGAAGAUGAGCUGCUUAGGAUGAAGGCGAAGUACAGGCUGGAGGUGGAGGAAUAUCAGGUCAUAAUAGAGGAGCUGGAGACUGAGAAAAAGACUAUUACUAUAAACAUUACAGAACGACUAAGGGAUUAUCAUGACCUCAUGCAAGCAAAGACCGGACUCAGCCUUGAAGUGGCAGCGUACAGGGCAUUGCUGGAAGCAGAAAGCAAAAAGGGAGAAGUAAUCAUUACAGAACACACUGUCAGAGACAGGCCUGCAGGGUAUGUGACAUCAACAUUGGAAGAAACCACAAGAUUUUCUAACAGAGGACGAGAGAAAUUUGAAUAUCCGACUACUAAAAGCAAAGACGAGAUACAAUGGAAAGCACAGACAGCUGAUUCCAGGAGAUUCCUAACUCGGACUGUACCACAAACACAGAUUGCUCCAAGAUAUACACAUUUAGGAAACACAAGCAGUUCCUAUGGCUCACGUAGUCAUGAAACUUUAUCUCAAGAAAGAUGUGGCAGGUGGGACACAAGCUUCUCCACAAAAUAUGACUCUUCACGUAAGUCAGGAGGACACCAGACAGUACAACCAAUUGCUGUGUCACCAUACGCAUCCACAGAAACAAUAAUUAGUCAAACAAAACAACAAGAGCAAAUGAAAGAUCAGAGGCCAGUAGCUCGCCCAAGAUCUCAUUCUAAAGAGACUAGAAGAGGCCAGGUUGACAUUAUGGUGGAAAAUAAGCAACAGGAAUCUGAUUCUCAAAAUGUUUUUGCAACUGAAGUUGGUAAAGACAGAAAAUCAGAAUCACAAUCUGUAAGAGAAGCAAAGCAAGUUAUAGAGGACAAUGUAACAAUGACUGCAAAUGAAAACAGAAAAAAAUAUGAUGAAACAGUAAGUGUAACAGAAACAGUGCAGAAAGAAACAAUUCAAGAGCCUAAAACACAAGAGCUGCCGGUCAAAAAGGAAAGGAAGAAAAAAGAACUAGCCAAAAAAAGAAAAGAAGAGAUGGAGAAUGUUGCAGUAGGUGACAUGAACGUGACAGGUUUAUCAGCGGAGGUAUACGAAACCACCCAGGUGAAGAAAACAACUGUCCUUGGUGAGAAAGCAAAUGAUCAGCCAAUUGUCUAUGAAAUACCAAUACAAUUUGAGAAAAGAAAACAAGAAGGCAAUGAAGAAUACAAAGCAAGAAAUGUUAGUCAAACAUAUGUGAAUCAAGAAACUAUUUCUCAAAGGAAUACCAUGGAAUCUGGCAAAACUAAUCACGAAUUUGGAAAGGAAACUAUAUUGGUUGAUGAAUAUCUUAAACAGUUAGGGCAGUCUUCUGUCUUUAAUAAGAAUGAGACUAAUAUCUUAGAAGAAAAAAAUCAGGACAGCAGAUUUAUGAGAACUUUUGUUUUUGGAGAAAAGUCAGGCGAUAAGAAAGUUGUCAUGGAAAUACCAAUACAACUUGAAGAGAACAAAAAAGAAACUAGUUCAUACAAAGAAAAUGUUGAGAAUUCAGCAAAAAGCAGAGUUUCAGAAAAUGUAAAUAAAAUUAAUAUUAGUAAGGAAGAAAGUCUUGAAGUUGAUAUGGAAAAUUUACAUCAAGAUUUUGAAACCAAUGAGUUUAGCAGAGCAGAGGAAUCUUCAAGCACUUCAUCAGAUACCAUUGAGAAGAAAGCCUUAGUAACCGAUAUCCUUAAACAAUUAGGUCAUCCUUCUGACUUGGAUGAUGCUAAUGUUUCCUAUUCAGAACGAAAAGAAAAGUACAGUGAUGGAUCUGUGAAAACAGAAAUAUUGGUAGAAUCUAAGAUAGAGGAAGAGAUGGAUUUGUUUGAUGAGCCUGACUUAACAGAUUUGUGGACCACAACAUCAUUUUCCUCAUCUAAGAAGAGUGAGGCAGCUACUACUCCAGUUGAAGAAAUUCAGAGCAGGAAAAUUAAGAAAACAAUCCUGGAAGACAUUUCAGGAGCAGAAGCAGAAGAAUGGAUAGGAAAUGUCAUUCGCACAGGACUAAAGGGGUCUCCAGGAAAAUCUGUUAAUGUUGAGAUAGUUGAGGAAUCCAUUGGCACAUUUACCUAUGAAAAAGGAGAGUACUCUACACCAUUCCAUGUAGAAGAAGCAGAGGAUAAUUAUAAUAAAGAAGAAUCAGUAAAUACUGAAGAAAUGCCUGUGUCUGUAGGAACAGAUCAAAUACAUGAUAACAUUCAACCCAGUGAAAGUCCAGCACAAGUCGAAGAAAUAACAGAGGGUGAACAUGUCGAUGAAGAAAUCGAUUACUUUGUUUCUAUUCCAGAUGAAAGUCCACGUGUACAGGAGGAGGAAGAGGAGACUAUACGUGGACAGAUUCACACCGAGGAAGAAUCCCAUGUUACGUAUUCUUGGCAGGAUGAAUUCUUACAAGGUUCUCAAGGUCGUAAAGGUUUGAGUGAGAUGUUAAAACAAGCUGCAGCCACUGAACAAAGUUCAAUGAACUACAGAAACACAGCAGAUUACAGUGACACAGUAGACAAGGAAGAACAAAAAGAAACAUCUCAUGUGGAAACUGUUGUGAUUGAGAAAACAAACACCUAUGGGUCCUUAGUGGACAGAGAUGGUGACUUGCAAACGCAACAACAAAACAAAGACACACAUGUUGAAAUUAUCGGGAUUGCAAAAGCAGCCACCUAUGGGUUAUCAGUGGAUCGUAAUGAUAGCUUUGACAUGAAAAAACAAGAAGGAGAAUUACAUGUGAAAACCAUUGGGAUUGAGAAAGCAGACAGCUAUGGGACCUCAGUGGACAGCAGUGUAAGAUUUAACACUAAGGGACACAAAGGAGAGUCCCAUGUUGAAACUGUUGUAAUUGAGAAAACAAUUAAAGCUUCUCCAGAAAUCCAGUCAACAUUAAUCCAUCUUCUUUCUAAAGACAUCACAGAUCCCCAGCAAAAAUUAAGAGGGGCACUAGACUGCCUGCAAGGAAGCCUUCCUGAUGAGCUAAUUGAAGAGCUGUCAACACUUGCCGGGGAAGAUCAAACACAAACCAGCAGUUUGGCAGUGAAUAUUAAAAAGCUUGGUCAAACAGACGAAAGUGGAACUAUGACUAUAGUGGCAGAAAUCAAUAUAUCUAAAACUUUAGACACAGAUAACCUAGAUGAUCUAGAACUGAAUACAAGAAUUGAAAGCGAAGAGAGUACUAUACCUAAAUCCCAAACAAGGUCCUCUGAAGAUGCACUGCAAAAAGAAGGGAUCACUGCUGUAUUUGGAGACAAAACUUAUGGAAAUGAGGACUUUUACAAUUCUGUUACAGUGGGAAUUAAUAAUAGAGAAGAGAGUUAUACAUCCGAAGAAAAUGUUGCAAAAAGCCCAACCUCUACAAAAGCCUCUUUUGGGCAAAUUACCACUGAUGUUGGCAGAUUCAUAAAACAUAUAGAGCUUGAUACCAAAAAGCACAUGUUUCAAGAGGAUUUUGCAAGUGCUCAGGAUUCAGCAGCCAGCCUUUCUCCAACAGACACAAACAGGUCUGAGCAUCAUAUUAAACUUGCACCCACGGAACCAUUGUAUAACAAACAAAUUAUCUUUGAGGGCCCUAUCUCUGAAACCCUUAAACUUGACAUUGUGAAAAAUACAGAAGAAACAUCAGAACAGAACCGAUCCAUAAGGCACAUAAAAAUAAGUCCAACCGAAACUGUUCCCACAGAGCAGAUCAUAUUUCAGGGUCCUUUAUUUAAAACUGUAGGUAUGGGAGCCACAGGAGAAUUAUCAGUUCAUGAAAAAAAUGUGGAGCAUGUUAGUCAGGCAACUAAAAGCCUAGUUUUCGAGAGAUUCCAAGUUGGUAGUCAGGAAACUACAAGUCAUAGCACUGACUUUACUGCAGGUACAAGCAAGAUAGUUUCACAUUUUAAGGUAAACUCAGGUGAGUCCCUCAGUAAACAAAUUAUGUUUGAGGGCAGCAUUCCCAAAACCCAUGACUUCAGCAGACCUAGCAUAUUAAAUAUCGAUAAUUCAGAGGAGGACAGUCGACCAAUUGAACAUAGCUCUGCUACUCAGAAAAUUCAUGUAGCAAAACAAGUUAAGUAUCAAGGUUUUGUUUCUCAACAUCAUGCAGUAGAAGAUUAUGGCAACAAUGCAGAGCAAAAUGAUCAGGGUAAGAUCAACACUUCUGUCCACCACAUAAAACUGAGUCCAAGUAAAGAACAUAUUGUUCUUGAAGGUCCCAUCUCUGCAAAUUUCAAUAUUACUGGAGAAGACAAAACAUAUGUAGAAGAUACAGACAGGCCUAUUAGACACAUUCGUCUUGGCUCUCCAAAAGGACAAAUAUCAGAACAUGUAACCUUUGAAGGACCAACUACAGAAUCUUAUGAAUCUUCUGACUUUUUUGUUUCUUCACCAUCUGGUGAUUCCACUGAGAGUGAACGAUCAAUCAAGCAUAUAAGACUGGGUCCAAAAGAGAAAACAUUCACUUUUCAAAUGGACAUAACCAAAAUUGCCACAAAGCAUUCAGAAGAAAAAGGAGCUGAGGAUAGUGGAAUGGUGAUUACUUCCAGUAAGUUUGAAGGUCAGCCAGAAUUUAGUCAGUCAAGUACUGAAUUAAUGGAUGAUCUAGAGGUGGCAGAAAGUGGAUAUGGUGAGGAAGAGAUUGCUGGCGUCUCUCAGUAUGCUUAUGAAAUCGUGCCGCAGAGCCAGAACAUCACUGAAACAUCACAGCUUGAAAAAACUGUUCAAAUACAAAGAAUACUACAUCAGAGUCACAUUGUCUCUGAUGAGAAAAAAGUGGCCAUUGUUUAUCUUGAUGAAGAAGAAGAAGAGGAGGAAGAAGAAGAGGAAGCAGAUCAGGAUUAUCUAAGGCGCUCAUUCUGAAAUCCCUUAUAAUAUUUAAGCAAACAAAAAAGUGUAUAUAAAAAAAAUAUUCUCUCCAGCAUUAUAGCACAGCUACACAAGGCAUGGCCCAGUGGCAAGAAUGUUUAAACAUUUAUGUCAAUUAGGAAUUGUUGUAAUGCACUGAAAUGUUGUUUUCUAAAGAAUUUAAGCAAAUCUUAUAGAGUACUGCAUUUAUCUCACACCUAUUGCACCAAUUUACA